AUUAUCACCAAGAUCUAAAUUUUCACUUGAUCAACAUAAUACAAAUGAGUAUGAUCCAAAUAAUCCUUGGAAUUUAGUUCCUAGUUAUAGCCAAAUAAUUGAUAAUGAUGGAAAUAUCAACUCCAAUCCAUUUAUGUUUCAAAUUCCUGAUAAAAAUACAAACAUGUUUGUAGAUAUUAGAACUUCUCUUUUUGCUAUGUAUUUAUUUUUAACAGGUGAUUCAAGCGCAUUAUCCAAUUGGCCAUAUGCAGACAAUCCAUCAAUUGCAAUAUUGAUUGUUUUAUUUUCCCUUUUAAUUGUUAUAUAUCUUAUGAACUUGUUAAUUGGAUUACUCAGUAAUGCAAUUGAAGAAGAUAAUAAUAGAGUCUCAUAUUUAAUGCAGAAGGCAGAGGUUUUGGCUGAAAUUGAGUUAUUUUACCUGCUACCACAUCAGAGACGUUGGCGAACAUGGUUUCCUGAAGUAAUACAUUAUUAUGCUGAUGCUGAUAAGACUCAAAUAGAAAUUAAAAGAUUGAUUAAAGAAGGUGAAUGGGAUACUAAGGAAUUCACAGAGAUGCGGAAAAAAUUAUUAGAAGUACUUCAAAUUAAACAUAAUCCUAUUGAUAAUGAGGUAAUAUUAGAGAAAUUAAAAUCCAAUGAAGAGAAGUUAAAAUCUAAUGAAGAGAGAUUAAAAUCUAAUGAUGAGAAAUUAAAUAAGUUGGAGAAAUUAGAGAAAUUAGAUAAGUUAGAAAAAUUAGGGGAAUCUUAUUGUGAGAAAUUAGCUAAGUUAGAAGAAUUAGAAAAAUCUUCUUGUGAGAAAUUAGAUAAGUUAGAGAGAUUAGAAAAAUUAUUGGAAGAAAUAGUACAAGCAAAAUAAUUAAUAUUAUGCUAGUUUUAUAA